UUGGUGUUGACUGCUUAAGAGGGCGUGCAGUCUAUGGUUGUGUGCGACGUUUUAGUUUAAAAUAUUUUACUAUCUGGAAGUUCACGUAAUCAAACAUGUCUAUGUACCAGAUAAGACCAACGAGUCGGAGUGACGUUGAGUUUGACUUACCGAUUUGCAUGUACAAGUUAGCAAAUAUUCACAGUCAGCAAAGCCGCCGGGCCGAUGAUGAUGAAGCACACCAGAAUUGGCAGGUGUACCCAGAAGUGAAGGCUUUGCAGAACAGACAGGAUGAGAUAAUGCGGCAACUGUAUGAGCUGGAAGCUGUGGUCAGUGGACUGACAAAAAUGGUCAACACCCCUGAUGUGGACCUGGAUGCUGCAAGCAUGUCACAAGCUUCUGUUGGCUCUGCCCUGAGUAAUUCUUUGGACUUAGAUCAACUCCUGAGGCAGGACUGUGGAACCCCAAGAGAUAUUGUGAUUAAUGCCAAUCCAGCACAACCCCCUCUGUCCUUGCUGGUUCUGCACAGCAUGCUGUGCCAGCGUUACAGUGUUUUGUCUGGCAUACACAUGCACUCAUCUGUUUUUGCGGUUCCACCAGAGCUGUUGUCUUGUCUGGGUCCCCCUAUUAUCAACGGUUGCAGUCGGCAGCACUUCCAACUUAUAUUCACAAUCAUAUGGAAGGAUGUACCUAGGGUGCAGUUGAAGUUUAAUACACGGCGCAUGUGUACCGUGGAAGGUGAAGGCAAUGUGGCCCGAUUCCUGUACAGGCUGCUUUUGGCUCCCGCCAAAGACCCUGCCUUGGCUACUGUAAUGGAUAGCUGGGUGGACACUGCACUUUUCCAGCUGGCAGAGGGAUGUGCCAAGGAGCAGAAAGCUGUGGUACAGGCUUUGAACUUCACUUUGACCAAGAACCUCUGGUUGGCCGGGCCAGAACUUUCUCUGGCUGAUGUUCUAUGUGCCUGUUGGCUGAUGCAGACUGGAAUUGCUGCCACAGUUCCCAUUAAAGUGCAUAAGUGGCUUGAGUCAUGUGAGAACUCUGGUCACUUCUGUGGGGUAUACUCUUUACUGAGAAAGUAAACACCGAUUUCCACCUUGUGUGUAAGCAGUACUUAGUUGAUUCAUGUGUCACAUAAUUUAAGACUGCUUGAUUCUGAAAUACUGAAAACAUUUUU